AUGAACUUAACUUUGAUACUGUUUCUAAUAUUUGUGUUCAGUUUUAUUUAUUAUUACUUCACAAGAACAUUCAAUUAUUGGAAGGAUAGAGGCAUUCCUGGACCCAAACCAAUUCCUUUAUUCGGUAACGUAAGGAAUGGUGCACUUCGUCUUGAAAAUCACGGUGAAACUAUUGCUAAUAUUUAUCAACAAUAUCCAAAUGAAACAGUUGCUGGUCUGUUCAGAAUGACCGCUCCUACUCUGCUAAUCAGAGAUCUGGAGAUAAUCAAGCAUAUCAUGAUAAAAGAUUUUGAGAAAUUCUCUGAACGUGGCAUCAACUUCAGCAAUGAUGGUCUUGGAUCAAAUCUUUUUCAUGCUGACACUGAAACGUGGAGACAGCUUAGAAAUCGUAUGACACCAUUAUUUACAUCUGGGAAAUUAAGAAACAUUAUUCAUUUAAUGACAGAACGGGGAGACGUGUUUAUUAAAUUUAUUGAGAUUAUUACAGUUAAUCAAGCUGAACAUAAAAUAUAUACACUUAUACAAAGAUAUACCAUGUCUACUAUAGCAGCCUGUGCAUUUGGUAUAGACAUUGAUGAUAUUUCAGAUAAUAAUGUGAUGGUUAAAACCUUGUUCAGAUUAGAUGAUGAAAUAUUCACACGAACCUUUGCCUACGAAUUGCUUUUAAUGUUUCCAAAUUUAUUUAAGAAUCUCAAUUUGUCUGUUUUUUCAAAGUAUGUAACUGAUUUCUUUUGUAAAUUAACAGACUCAAUAAUAAACGAAAGACAAGGUAAACCCACAGAGAGAAGAGACUUUAUGGAUCUAAUUUUGGAAUUGAGGAAACAAAAAGAAAUUCUAUCAACUACAAGUAAUGACGGUGACAAACAAAUAAAUUUAGAGAUUUCAGAAAGUGUUAUUGCAUCGCAAUCUUUUGCAUUUUUCGCAGGAGGAUACGAAACUAGUGCUACUACAGUGACUUACAUGUUAUAUCUAUUGGCGAAAAACCCACACAUACAAGAGAAACUGCUUCAAGAAAUAGAUAAAACACUCGAGAACAAUAACGGUAAAUUAACAUAUGAAAUAAUCAGUGAUAUGACUUAUUUACGUAUGGUUUUUGAUGAGACGCUCCGUUUAUUUCCUCUGGUCGAGCCGUUACAACGCAGUGCAAGAGCAGACUACAAAAUACCUGGAACCGACAUGGUUAUAGAAAAAAAUCAGAUAGUAUUAAUUACACCUUAUGGUAUUCAUCACGAUCCUAAAUAUUAUCCAAAUCCAGAAGUGUUUGAUCCAGAGAGAUUCUGUCCUAAAGCUUCUGCAGCGAGGCACCCAUGUGCUUAUAUGCCAUUUGGAGUAGGACCGAGGAAUUGCAUUGGCAUCCGCUUCGCUAAAUUGCAGUCCAGUAUCUGUAUUAUCAAGUUUCUAUCAAAAUUCCGGGUUGAGCCAUCUAAGAACACGCUGACAGAAAUGAAGUUUGAUCCCCAGAAGGCCGUUAUGUCGCCACAUGGUGGGAUCUUUGUGAAUAUAAUGAAGAGGAAAUAA